UUGGUCCAAUUAAUGAAAUUAAGAGAUUUUUGUUAAGUAUAUCUUUCCAUUUCUACCUUUUUUUCUUAAAGAACAAAUGAAGAAAUACUAAUUAAAUUUAGAAUUCUAAAGUAUUAUUAAUAAAGUUAAUUUAAUACAAUAACUCCAAUUAAAGAUUUGUUAAGGAUAUAUAUGCCCUUAAACUCGGGCUCAAUUGACAUUUAUAUAGGUUUUCCAACUUUGUGUAUGUAUAAAUAAACACUUAAACUUGUAUAACAUUAAAUAAAUAGAUACAUUGUCCUAUGUGGCAGGGCCCAUCUCACUCGAUGAGCUAGCUUUCGGGGUGUGAGAUAGGCCUAAGACCUAAAUUUUACAAUUAGCAACUAGUCGUCCCUUAAAUUUGUCAAUGGAUGGCUUUUGGGGUGUGAGUUAGGCCUAAGACCUAAAUUUCACAAUUAGCAACUAAUCGUGCCUUAAGUUUGUCAAUGGACACGCCCCUGAUGUUCAUUGUUAGGUUGAUUUGAAGUUGAAGUUUCGUAUAUACACAAGUAUUAUAUCCUAAUUAUAUUUACACAAAGAUUAAAAACUCCUAAACCUAAAAUGCAGGAAUCUUAUUUGAAGUUUUCCUAUUUUCAAUUCCUUUUUUUUUUACUAAAUUAAUAAACCUAUUAUAUAGUUUAAAACUCCUAAUCUAACAAGACUCUUAAUUUUAUUUUUUUUAAAAACCUACAAACCACUAACACAAUUUGUCUCUAUGGCCUCCAUUGUUUGUGAUGAAAUGUUUUCAGAGUUACCCUAUGAUAUUAUUCACAAAAUCCUCUAUAGUCUAACUCUGAAAGAAAGAGCAACAGCUUGUUUGGUUUCGAAAAAUUGGCAUUACAUGAUAACAUCAUUAGACGAUUGCAAAUUUGUAAAAAUACAAUAUGAUUCACACAAAUACUGUGCAUAUUGCUAUAGAGAUAAACUAGAAUCCUGUCGAAACUGUGGUACUCUCCGCCCUAUCAUAGUCAGACUUGCUGCAGACAACACUACUAUAACAGAAUUCUAUUUGUUAGUACCAUUUACAUUGCUUUACCUUCAUUUUACUCUUGAAGUUUUCGAUUCGAGAUUGUUAACUGUUUUGCAUUUAAAAUAUUGCCAUAUUGAUGAAAAUGCUAUUAAUAAUAUCUUUCCUUGUUUGAAAGAGAUGUAUUUCGAUCACGUUGCUAUUUCUUCUUCAACUCUGUCUAAUUUCAUCAAGAAAUGCCCUGCUAUUGUUGAGUUAACUUUGAUGUCUUGUUCCUAUCUUUAUUCCAUCUCAGUGCCUCAUCGAAAUCGACUUGAAAAAGUUCAUAUGAAUUGUGGUAGUAGAUAUCUAAAGGAAAUUGAAAUAAAAGCUCGAAAUCUACUCGAGUUUCACUUGUUUAAUUCAUCAGCAGAGCUGGUUGUUGAUUUACGCGCUUGUACUAAACUUCAAGUCCUGAAUCUAAGUUGUGUAAACAUCCCCCACCGAUAUCGUCAUGAGGUUUCCUCCAUUAAAUCUUUAUGUCUUCCUUUAUGUAAAGGAUUGAGUAAAAUGAAAAUCAUGUGUCCUGAAUUGGAGAGUUUGAGCUUAGUUGACGUGCUUGAUUUGGACGAUGCUUUCAUUGUUAAUCCCAAUUUACGUUGGUUCAAGAUAUUCGAUUCCUUUAUUUUCCAAAACUCGUGUGCAUUGAUAUGUUCAAAUGUGAUGGAAGUUGAGAUGGGACUGAAUUAUGUUGGUGCAAUCGUUAAGUUUGACAACAUAUUGUCAUUGGGAACGGACACGAAUGAAUCAAUGGAAGUAAUGUCUGAUCAUCCAAGUAACUUUGAACCACUUCGUUUCAAGAACAUAAAUUUGAAAAUACUCAUGCCGUGGAUACCAAGAUAUGGAUUUUUGAUUGAUGAAUUGAUUAGUUACUUCUAUCCGCGGACUUUGCUAGUAGAAGUGAAUUCAGAUGCACCAAAGUAUAAUUCCUUUACACAGGUCCUAUUAGACGGACUGAAAAACUGGAGAAGGAAAUCGGAAAGCAGCAUGAGAUUUAAACAUAGUAAUAAAAUAUGCUGGCAUUAUUUCUUGAAAGAUUUCAAGAUCCUCUUAUCAGAUACAAGACAAUAUCAGUUGGAGUUCCAAUGGCACUUCCAUUAGAGAAGCCCCCUCGACCACAGGUUUAUUUGGACUGUUUACAGGCAGACUGUUCUCGUCGUUGGUUUUCCCAUGAAAAUUGAUGGUUAAAUAAAAAACAGA